GCCAUGAUGACAUCAGCCGUAGCAGCAGCAGCAGAAGCAGCAGCAGCACCAGAAGGAGCAGCAGACUCAGCAGCAGCAUCAGCAGCAGCAGUAGCAGCAGCAGCAGCAGCAGCAGCUGAAGGAGCAGCAGCAGCAGCAGCAGCAACAGCGGCAGCAGCAGCAGUGGCAGCAGCAGCAGCGGCAGCAGCAGCCACAGCAACAGCAGCAGCAGCAGCAGCAGCAGCAGCAGAAGGAGCAGCAGCAGCAGCAGCAGCAGGCACCGGUGACAUUUACGACCCAGCUGUCCCUGACUCCCCUGCUCACUCUGCCUCAUCGCACCAGCACCAGCAGCAGCAGCAGCAGCAGCAGCAGCAGCAGCAGCAGCAGCAGCAGCAGCAGCAGCAGCAGCAGCAGCAGCAGCAGCAGCAGCAGCAGCAGCAGCAGCAGCAGCAGAAGGAGCAGCAGCAGCAGCAGCAGCAACAGCAGCAGCAGCAACAGCAGCAGCAACAGGUGCAGCAGCAGCAGCGGAUGGAGCAGCAGCAGCAGCAGCAGCAGCAGCAGCAGCAGGAGGUGCAGCAGCGGAUGGAGCAGCAGCAGCAGCAACCGCAGGCAGUGCAGCAACAGCAGCCGCAGCAGGAGGUGCAGCAGUAGCACCAGCAGCAGCCACAGCAGCAGCAG